UCAUCAAAAAGCGGUGCUUUUUACUUACUUGUUCCACGACUCACAAUCCCAUUUUUCCUCACUUCUCACGCCACCUUCCUUCUCUCUGAUCAUCUCACAGUGUUCAACAUGGGUGCCACAAUCAAAACGACCUUGCUUGCGUUGUUUGUGUUGUUUGUUUUAUCACCUACCGCAUUUUCGGCUACUAAUGGUGGGUUGCUUCGAGUUGGACUUAAAAAGAGGAAGGCAGAACUUAAACAAGUUACUGAAAAUGGUUUGUCCAUGGAAGGAACUGCUAGAACUUUUGGCUCGCAUGGAGCUCUCCAGAAUUCAGAAGGUGAUGUUAUUGCUCUAAAGAAUUACAUGGAUGCUCAGUAUUUCGGUGAGAUUGGUAUUGGAACUCCAGCUCAGAAAUUCACUGUGAUUUUUGAUACCGGAAGUUCAAACCUGUGGGUGCCUUCUUCAAAGUGCUAUUUUUCAGUAGCUUGCCUUUUUCACUCAAAGUUUAAGGGGAGCCGUUCAAGUACCUACAAGAAAAAUGGGACAUCUGCUGCAAUCCAAUAUGGAACUGGAUCAAUCUCUGGAUUUUUUAGCCAAGACUCUGUCCAACUCGGUGACCUUGUUGUUAAAAAGCAGGAUUUUAUAGAGGCAACCAAAGAACCUGGCAUCACUUUCUUGGCAGCCAAGUUUGACGGUAUACUCGGCCUUGGAUAUCAGGCGAUCUCUGUUGGGAAAGCUGUACCUGUCUGGUACAACAUGGUUGAUCAAGGUCUGGUUAAAGAACCCGUGUUCUCCUUUUGGUUUAAUCGCCAUGCAGAUGAGGAAGAAGGGGGUGAACUUGUGUUUGGUGGAGUUGAUCCUAAUCAUUUUAAGGGCAAGCACACAUACGUUCCUGUGACCCAAAAAGGCUAUUGGCAGUUUGAGAUGGGUGAUGUUCUUAUUGGAGAUAAAACUACCGGAUUUUGCGCUGAUGGUUGUGCAGCAAUUGCCGACAGUGGUACCUCUUUAUUGGCAGGUCCAACGGCUAUCGUUACUGAAAUCAAUCAUGCAAUCGGUGCCGCCGGGGUAAUGAGCCAGCAAUGCAAAACGCUGGUUGAUCAGUAUGGAAAGGCUAUAAUUGAUAUGCUAUUGUCUGAGGCUCAACCUGAUAAAAUAUGUUCUCAAAUGAACUUGUGCACUUUCAAUGGUGCUCGUGAUGUGAGUCCAUUAAUCGAGAGUGUGGUUGACAAGAAUAAUGGGAAGUCUUCUGGUGGCUUCAAGGAUGAAAUGUGUACUUUCUGCGAGAUGGCUGUUGUUUGGAUGCGCAACCAAAUCAAAAGAAAUCAGACUGAAGAUGACAUAAUUAACUAUGUGGACCAGCUGUGUGAACGCAUACCCAGUCCAAUGGGAGAAUCAGCUGUUGGAUGCAACAGUCUUUCCUCCUUACCGAAUAUCUCCUUCACCAUUGGUGCUAAAACUUUUGAGCUCACCCCUGAACAGUACGUGCUCAAAAUUGGUGAGGGAGAAGCUGCACAAUGCAUCAGUGGAUUUACUGCUAUGGAUGUUGCCCCUCCUCGUGGACCUCUAUGGAUCUUGGGAGAUGUUUUUAUGGGUCAAUACCAUACGGUGUUUGAUUAUGGUCAAUCACGAGUUGGAUUUGCUGAAGCAGCUUAAAAGAAAAUAUUCUGACCUUUCGUGACUCUUUUCUGUAAAUAUCUUACCGAGAAAGUGUUCAAAUAAUGUCUGAUGUGUUUUCGUUACCCUAAGAUUUCGAUGGUUAUUCGUAAGAGUUGUGGUUGCUUGUGUUAGGAACUGAUGUUUAUUUACCUGAUACUGUUCUGUCAUGCUUGCAUUUUGUUUUAUGAUCUUGUUAUGUGGCCCAA